AUGGAAGAAUGUAUACCAAGUGCUGUCCGCACGCUUGAAAUGCCCCGUUCGAUGGCAUCGCCAAAGACACUCGAAGUUCUUCUUCAGAGAUCUCAAAAUCUCAAUACACUCUUUUACGACCGCUACCUAUCUUACGAUUUUACGCCAUUAGAUCUAUGCAUAUCGAUUGAGUAUUUCAAAAUUGGCUUUAGUUUCCGUGAGAACCGUUUACUGAAGGCAUUGUACACAAACUUCUUGAAGGCGGUGCCUGGCGAAAAGCUGGGUUGGAAGACCGUGACGCCUGGACUUCAGGUCUUCGUGCUAGACGUGAGGAUGAGUGGAUGCUCUAGUGGGCUGAGCGAGGAUUAUAUCAAAGCUUUCGUUCAAAUGAGGAAAUGCAUGGCUUACAAUAUGAAGUACAUGUCUUCGAUAGUCAGAUCAAGGGAGAAGGCUGUUGGCCAGGAUCUUCUUGGUGUAUACAAUCUUUGGAAGACGAGUGUUUAUUUUCAGCGAGCGAUAGUAUAUCAUGAUCCAACUGGCGGCAUAUAA